CAUCAGCUAGCACUUCCUUCUUAACAACACCAAGAGUUGCUUGCAAGUUACAAGGUGAUGAGAGGCAGCAAGGAAACACAAACACACACACGCACACAGAGACAUGGGAUCCUUGGGCCCUGCCGUGAGCGUGAGCAUGGCCAAGGCCAACGGCGGCAAGGUGGCCGUCGGCGGCCAGAAGCAGCAGCAGAGCGGCACGUUCAGCUGCGGCUUCCAGAUGCCGCUGCACUACCCGCGGUACAGGAAGGCGGACUACGAGGCGAUGCCGGAGUGGCGCGUCGACUGCCUGCUCCGAGAGUACGGCCUCCCUGUCACAGGCGACAUCGAGGAAAAGAGGAGGUUCGCCAUGGGCGCCUUGCUCUGGCCCGGCCAGUAUUGAUUCACCUUGUUACAUGAGUAUUACAUAUUUCCAUUCGGAGCAGAGGCCGAUCAGCAAGCUACCGCCUAGCAGAGACUGAUCAGCAAUGGCAGCAGCAACAUCACGUCUCCAUGACCAUGAGUUGAUAUUAAAACGGCCAGGAUCCGCACGCCCCGGUGCCUCCGCUCGGCCUGGCCGCUCCCGUAGGCCACGAACGCGAGGAGGGGAGAAGGCCUCCAUCGCCAGCCACCGCGAGGGGCUUUGCCCCGGCGGCUCUGGCCGGCGGCGGCGGGGAAGGGGAGGAGGAGGAGGGCUAGCGGCAAGGGGUCCACACAGAAAAUGAAAUUACAACCAAGCUCCUCUGCAACCCGACUAAGCUCGCGCCGUGGAUGAGCCGGUGACGCGCCGUUCGCCGCUGCUCGCUGACGCCUUGGAUCGAAGCAGCCCCUGGGCAAAACGGAAAGUCUCCGAUCAACGGUCCCUGUGGACCUACACCCAUGGUCGUCGUCAUCGUCACACCGCUCAACAUCGCCUUCCUUCUCCACAUCUUCAACCACCGGAAUCGCCAUCCCUCAAUCUCCGGCACGGGGGAACCAUGCACGGCCUCUCCACCGAGCAGCGAGCACGAAGAAAGGAGCUGGUCCACCGCGGAGCUCCACCGGAACUUCGCCGUCGAAGGGGGGGCCAACACCUAUAAAAAGCCGAUCCAGUCGCACCGCCGCCUCCACGACGCCACCGGCUGGCUCCCUAGGCACUCCUACACUAUGUACACGCUGCAAAUCGGGCCUCCCCCGUCCUCCUACCGCCGGAGCGUCCGACGGAGGGUGAGGGAGCCGCCGAUUCGGCAACGGCGAGGUGGAGAGCCCGGGGUUCGCACAAAUCUUCCUUCGUUCCUGUAGAUGGGGAAGGGUAAGGUCCAAGGCUCAUGUUUAGGGAGAGAUAAUUAAGCGAAUGAGCUAAUAAAGGAGGAUUGUGGGCUUAAAUAUAA